CUAACCGUCUUUCCCUCCUUAUAAAAUGUUUCAAUUCAACUAUUCAUUUUCUUGUGAACCUUAAUUCCAUUUUCUCAGUCAAGAACAAAAGCUAGAGAAAAAACUAAAAAUUAAUUAACACAAUCAUGUCUUAUGGAGAAAGUGAGUAUGGUGGUAGCGGAAUUGAAUCUGAUGAAACCGGUUAUGGUAGUCGGUCUGAGUACGGGAAACCUAAAAAGGCACAUGGAUCUGGAUAUGGGCGAAAGAACGAUGAUGACAACGAACCCAAAUCUGAAUAUGGAUCCGGGUAUAACCGUAAGAGUGAGUACGAGAAGCCUGAUUCGGAUGAUGAAUCAGGUUUUGGACGUAAGAAUAAGAGUUCGGAAUAUGGAUCCGGGUAUGAAAAGAAGAGUGAAUACGGGUCAAGUUAUGGAAAAAACACGGACAGUACUGAUGAGUACGGGUCGGGUGGAUAUGGCAGCAAAACCACAUCCGGGUAUGGAAAGGAAAGUUCGGAAUACGGGUCUAGUCACGGAAAUAAUCAAUCAGGUGGAUAUGGGAGCACUAAAACUGCAUCAGGGUAUGGAUCAGGGAACAUAAGAAAGAGUGGUGAUGAUGAUGAUGACGACGAGAAAAACUCAAAAUACGGGUCAAGUUAUGGGCGAAAGACUGAUUCUGAUGAGUAUGGAUCUAGUGGAUAUGGGAAAAAGAGCGAAGGGUAUGGGAGUUCAACAAUUGAGAGGCCUAGUUAUGGAAGGUCUGAGGAAGAGGAUUACAAGAAGCCUAGCUAUGGGAAACGCGACGAUGAUGACGAAGGCUAUGGUCGCAAGAAAUAUGGUGAUGAUGACUCAGGCUCAGACUCUGGCUCUGACAAGGAGAAGAAGAAAAAUCGUCGCAAUAAAAAGUACUCCGAUGACGAUUAAGCAGAGUGAUUUUGUCACCUGCGCCAGAUUCAUGCCUUAUUAGGAGUUAUUAGUAAAUAAAAGUUGGCAUGUGUUCACAGUGUUUUGUUCCAUUGCAAACACUGAUGAUUAAGCAGAGUGCGUUCGUUAGCUGCUCCAGAUUCAUGCCAUAUUACUAGUUAUUCGUAGAUUGUCUACAUCACACCCUUGGGGUGCGAUCCAUCCCCGAACCACUAACACGGGAUGCUUUGUGCACUGACCAGGCUGCCCUUCUUUUUAAGUAGUAAAUAAAAGUAGGCAUGUCUUCAUCAUA